UCUUGCUCUCGCUCUCGCCCUCUCUCUUGCUUGCUCGUUCUCACUCUCACUUUUCUGUCUGUGUCACUCGAUCUCAGUCCCUCUCUCGCUCAAUCUCACUCACUCUCUGUCUGUGUCUCUCCGUCUCACUCAAGAACUAGAGCUUGGUAGUGAGAUGGCAGUGGAGACAGUGGUUGGAUUAUCUAAGCCAGCUGAAACUUGCUAUGAGACAGAUCAAAGCACUGAGCAGCCUACCAAACUGAAAAAAUCUAAGACUAAACUGGAUUCUUCAAAAAAUACUGAUUCAGCUGCAGUGAAGAUGGUGAAAAAAAAGAAAACAAAGUUUGAAGAAUAUCUACAAAUGAAAACCCGACAUGAUCGUGUAUCUGCUGAGGCAGAUUUGUAUUUGGAAAAAAAACUUGCUAAGAAACUCAAGGUUAAAGAGGGGAAUUUACGGGGUGGUGAUGAUGACAUCAAUUUGUUAAUUGAAGGAAUUCCAUCGGUUCUUGAUUCCUUUGAGACUGAAGACAGUCUAGAUGAGAUGCCACUCGAAAAAGUUCUUGCAAAGGCACCUCAGUUGGAUAGAAAUACAAAAUAUGUAGCCCCACACCUGAGAUCUCGUGUGGCAAAGGAAUCAGAAGAGUUCUCUCAAAUUCGUAGAAGGGUACGAGGACUUCUGAAUAGGAUGUCUGAAUCUAAUGUAGAAUCAGUUACCAGAGAAAUCUCCACUAUCUUUCGUUCUGUUGCUCGCGAUACUGGUUCUAAGCUUAUUACUGAAGAAGUUUUGGCAUCGUGUUCUGGAGGUCCUUGUGGAAAUGAACAAAAUUUCAACGUGAACCUCAAUGACCAAAUCUUGCCACCCAGCAACUCUGAAAGAAACAGGAUCUUUCUGCUGACCAUUGGUUCAAUGGUUAAGACUUGGCCUAAUAACCUUAAGGUUAUGGUUUCAAGUCUUGGGGCCACCACUUUGUGCAUUAUGCUAAAGGUUAGGUAUGCUGCUGUUUUCGCCGCUUUUGUUGCAGGCAUGGCUUCUUUGGUUGGGAUUGACUUCGGUGCAAAGCUUUUGGCUUCCCUAGCUAAAUGUUUUGAG